AUGAAGAUCUCUAGCUUUCAGCAGAAGAACGUAGAGGGCUUUAGUGAAGCUUGGGAGAGGUUCAAGGGCUAUUGGUCUCAAUGCCCACAUCAUGGCUUCACCAAAGAGAGUUUGCUCAUUACCUUUUACAGAGGUGCUCUUCCAGAGUUCAGGAGCAGAUUAGACACAGCCAGCAAUGGUUUCUUCUUGGGUAAAACUGAAGAGGAUGCAGAGGAGCUGGUGGAGAACAUGGCUAAGAGUGACUCAGUCUACAGUGAGGAGUAUGAUAGAAGCAACAGAGGUGAUGAUCAGCACACCAGGAAAGAGCUGAAGUCUCUCCAAGCCAAGUUGGAUCUACUUCUUGGAAAAAAGGCUAAGCAGGAGAAUAUGAACUUUGUUGGUGACCAGAAACAAGAGGCACCUCCAGUGAUCAAUGAGAAAGAGCCCAACUUUCAGUACCAAAACAACUACCAGCAAAGGCCACUCUACAACAAUCAGCAAGGAGGUUACCAAGCCAACCAGUCUCCUCAGACUCAAGGAAGCUCUUCUCAAGCUCAAGCUCCAGAUUCAAGUGUGGAUUCUAUGUUCAAGCAACUCUUGGAAUUUCAGGCAAGAAAUGAGAAGACCAUGAUUUGUGAGUUCAAGAACAUCCAUGCAAAGAUUGAUGGGAACUAUUCUGACCUCAACAAUAAGUACAUGCAACUUGCCUCUCAUCUCAAGGCUUUGGAGAGUCAAGUUGCUUCUAUGCCUUCAUCCUCCAAGCAGCCAAUGGGGUCACUACCAGGGAAACCAGAAAAGAACCCCAAGGAGUCUUGCAAUGUUGUCUUCUCCACUACUUCUCCAGGGAUUGAGCUAAGUGAUCAUGAGAAAGAGGAGGAUGAGAUUGAAAGACUGGUAUUUGGAACUGAGUUUGGGGAAGUUGAGAGAGUUGUUGUGGCCACAGCUGAAGCACAGAUUGUGAAGGAUGCUGCCAGGAAGGUUGAAGCAACAAAUCUGCAAAGAGCUGAGCACAAGGCUGAGAAACAAGUUGAGAAGAGAGCUGACAACAAGCUGAAAAAGGUUAAGCUAGAGGAAGCCACUGAGAUGAUGCUCAUCAACGAUAUUCUAGACCACCAAGCUGAAGUGGCCGAGAUUUUGGACAUCUCCAUUACGAAGAUUGAUCCACCAAUCCCUCCAAAGUCCCUGCCUAAGCUUGAGUCUCAAGGGAUGUUCACCUUGCCUUGCUACCUUGGGAUUGAGAGCAUGGAGCCAAACACAUCUUCCCUACAGUUUGGAGAUUCCUCUUCUACAACUCCUAUUGGUCUCAUCAAGGACUUCCCUUUGAAGAUUGGAGCAUGCACCAUUCCUAUAGACCUCACUGUUCUGAAGAUGGCAACUGAGAAGAGAGUCCCAUUGAUCCUUGGCACUCCAUUCCUUACAACAGUAGGAGCUUGCAUAGACUUUGCCAACAAGAAGGUCACACUCGUAAAUGUGAACAAAGAUGUCUCCUAUCCACUACAAUCACCAAAGAUGAUUGCUGAGUAUUGUGGAACAAUCACUUGUGGAGCAUCCUCCAUUGAGAAGAUCAAGGCUGAAGGGGUUGGUAUUAAGAAAGAAGGUCUUGCUGGAGAGUCCUCUAAAGAGCUGUGUGAUGAGCACUUGGAAAGUGCUACAAAGGAGGAGGUGAGUAGAGCCACAAAGGCUGCUCAUGGCAAAAAGAAGAUGAUGAAAGAACAUUACCCUCCACCUCUUGAUAUAAUGCCACACACUCUUACUCUUCACCCAAUGAAGUUCAAGGAUGGAGCUAUUGAGUACAAGAUCAAAUGCAAAGGAAAGUCUACACCAUUUUUCAAGUGCAAAGGCCAUCAUUACUUCACAGCUCCAAGAUGA